AUGAAGUACACUUUUGUGUCUGUAUUAUGUAACAAGGACAUCGGUUAUCUGAAGCAAGCUGGUGUGUCCAUUGUACCGUUGGCUAAAUGUAGGACGGACUACGCCGGCGUUGACUACACCAUCUUCGACAACAACAUAUGUGCUGGUGGAGGGGGAAACGACGCUUGCGAGGGCGAUUCUGGAGGCCCCCUCGCUUGCGUGGAACAGGGGGUGUGGCACCUGACAGGUGUAGUGUCGUGGGGGAAGCAGUGUGGGGACAGCAGGUUCCCGGGGGUCUACACCAGGGUCUCCAGCUACACACAGUGGAUACACAACAUCAUCAGCUGA